AUGUCCUACAUUGACGCCGACGGUCUUUCCGUCACGUAUGCCUCCGGCCGAAAUGGCUCCCCGGAUCUGCGGCUGAUCCACUACAAUGAUGUCUACCACGUCGAACCUGGGUCUGCAGAACCCGUCGGUGGUGUCUCUCGUUUCCAAUCCCUCGUGAACUAUUACCGCUCACAUCCUCGGUUCGCGGGGCAGCCCGACAUCCUGACAUUCUUCUCCGGCGAUGCCUUCAACCCGAGCCUCGAAAGCACAAUUACCAAGGGCAGACACAUGGUCCCGUUUCUGAAUAACGCAGGCACCAGUGUGGCGUGUGUGGGUAACCAUGAUCUCGACUUUGGCGUGGCACAAUUCCGGCACCUAUCAAGCCAGUGUCGGUUCCCCUGGCUACUGGCCAAUGUCCUCGAUCCGGCAUUGGGGCAAGGCGUUCCAAUUGCCGACUGUGGCAAGACGUGCAUGUUGACUUCGUCGAAUGGACUCAAGGUGGGCGUAAUUGGACUCGGAGAAAGAGAAUGGCUUGGAACCAUUAACUCCCUUCCCCCGGAUUUGAUCUACCAAUCUGCCUCUCAGACUGCCCGAGAGCUCGCACCAGCUCUUCGAGAGCAGGGGGCGGACCUCAUUGUCGCUGUCACUCACCAACGGGAACCCAACGACCACAAGCUGGCGAAAAACCUACCACCUGGUCUUGUAGAUAUCAUACUUGGCGGGCAUGAUCACUUUUAUGCCCAUACUGUCAUCAAUGGUACUCAUGUCCUACGUUCGGGUACCGAUUUCAAGCAGUUGAGCUACAUUGAGAUCUUCCGAAAACCAGACGGGGAGUCUGGGUGGGACUUCAAUAUCAUCCGUCGGGACGUGGUUCGCUCGAUCCCCGAAGACCCCGCCGCGGUGGCCAUGGUCUCCCGGCUCACAUCUAGCCUCCAGGCGAAGCUGGAGAAACCGGUCGGAUAUACCGUCACCCCGCUUGACGGUCGCUUUACAACUGUACGGCAGCGCGAGUCCAAUCUUGGCAACUUUGUUUGCGACUUGAUGCGUUUCUACCAUGCAGCAGACUGCGCGAUGAUGGCCGGUGGCACCAUCCGCGGCGACCAGAUCUAUCCACCGGGUGUUUUGCGACUUAAAGAUCUUCUGAACUGCUUCCCUUUCGAAGACCCGGUAGUCUUGCUGCGCUUGCGCGGCCAGGCGAUCCUAGAUGCGCUCGAAAACGGAGUGAGCCAACUUCCCGCACUCGAGGGACGAUUCCCACAGGUAUCAAACAUUGCCUUUGGAUAUACGUUGUCAGCUCCUCCAGGUUCACGCAUCACGUUCGCUCGCAUCGGAGGCGAGCCCAUUCACCUACAACGCAACUACGUCCUGGCCACGCGUGGGUACAUGGCGCGUGGCAAGGACGGAUUCUCAUCUCUGCUGAUUCAGUCCGAAGGAGGCGAGGCGGAAGAGAUCGUAUGCGAAGAGAAUGGCGUGCUGAUAAGCACGAUUCUGCGCCAGUACUUCCUUAGUCUGAAGGUGCUUGGCAAAUGGCACCGCUGGAGUGCGAGUCUCCACCGACACUGGUGCUCUGUGCACCGUAACCUACACGGCGAGGGCUGGCUGAAACCACCAUCCGCGACAUCAUCGCCCGUGUCCGAGAAGCCGGGCCGACGACUGGGUGGUCGGCCAACGUUGAACCGGACGACUAAGGCUGCUUACUAUUAUGGGAGGUUCCCGAAUGACGACAAGGCUGAUAUGGCAGGGUCGGCGGCCAACGGGACCAAUAGCGAUGCCAUGGACUCAGACUCGGACGAGGACCCGGAGAUUCUCACAUCGCCACGAUCAACGAUCAACUACGUCACCCUGCCAGCGCAAUCCUCCGCGGAAGAGGAGUAUCGACUGCAGCUUGCGAGGCGAGUGGUACGCAAAUGGAUGCGUCAUGCCGGGCUGCAUCCAACGACACUAGAUCCAAUGGAUGGUGAAGGCGAGUUUACGCCUGCUUGGACAUCAGGGAUCUCGCCCCGUCUUGAAGGGCGGAUUGUGGUGGAAUAA